GAAUUCUUUCUGGAUUUUAGACAUGAAGGGGGUCUUCGCCAUCGAUUCCUGCAAUGGGGAAACAAUGUUGCAGAGGGCCAUUUGAUCUUCUGCCUUCAUGCUGCAAGCCUUUGCUCUGGUGUUUGGGCACCUGUUGCGAGCCGAUUGGCACCAGAAUCAGUGGUAGUGGCAUGCGAUCUGCGGGGCCACGGAGAAUCUGAUGCACCAGAGGAAUCGGCUCAAUACUCUUGGCACGUCUUUGGCGAGGACUUCAUUCGAAUGGUGCGCUCCAUUUCCAAGCUGUACGGCCGAUGCCCCACUGCUUGCGUCACCCACUCCUUUGCAGGUGAUACUGCGCUCAUUGGCUUGGCUGCCAGGCCAAGCAAGAUGAAGCUAUUAAUGCUGGAUCCAGUUCUUGCGGAUGCUGAGGGUGCCACAACUGGAGCACAAAGACUUGCAAAGGGCACACGGCGGCUUGGCGAGAAGGAGAUCGCUGGCUUUGAUUCACAGGAAGCUGUGGGCGAGGGGCUAGAGCGAGUUCUUCGUGCAGCGCUGGCCCGGCCAUCUUUGCAUCCAGAGGCGAAGGCUGCUUUUGCUGCUUUUGGCAGCUACAAUGACAAUGGUCGGUGGCGCUUGCUUUGCAGACGGGAGAAUGAAGCGGAGGUCUAUGCGAACCGUAUUGCACUCGUGGAUUAUUUGUCUGCCAGGGAGGUCCCCGUGGAAGUCCAGCUCGUGCUUGCCUCCAAGCGGCGUGCCAAGCCGGAAGAUCAGGAAAGUGCACUUCUCCGUGACCGUCAGCAAGCAGAUCGGGUUGUGGCUCAUUGCUUGCCAGGCUCUUCUGUGCAUCCGGCUGAGGGCGUGGGACACUUCCUCGUUUUAGAAGAUCCAGCUUUUGUUGCCAAAAUGGUUCGAAACCUGGUUUCACAGAGUUGA